AUGCUGUUGCCACUGCCUGUGCUGCCGCUCCCCUCGUUGCCGCCGCCACCACUGCCUGUGCCUGUGCCGCUGCCGCUCCUGCUGCCUCCUCUCCUGCCCCUGCGGCGGCUUCUGCUCUCAGGGCUUUGCCUUUCGCUCUUCCUGAAUAACAGUUGUUUUCCUCCGCUAAGCAGCCCCCAGCCUCAGAUGGACCAGGUGAGAGCCCUGCCUUUUGCACUGGGCUACUGGUUUACUUAA